AUGCGGAUCCACCUGAACUCAACCUUGGUGGACCUGACGAAAGCCUUCGACACGGUGAAUCGUGAAGGACCGUGGAAGAUCAUGCAGAAAUUCGGCUGUCCGGAGCGAUUCACUCAGAUGGUGCGUCAGCUGCACGACGGUAUGAUGGCGCGAGUCACGGACAACGGAGCUGUCUCAGAGGCAUUCGCAGUGACCAAUGGAGUGAAGCAGGGCUGCGUACUGGCGCCUACCUUCUUCAGUCUUAUGUUGUCUGCCAUGCUGAUGGACGCAUAUCGCGACGAACGCCCCGGGAUCCGCAUCGCCUACAGGACGGACGGUCAUCUCCUGAAUCGACGGCGGAUGCACUUCCGGUCGCGUGUAUCCACAACGAUCGAGCACGAACUCCUCUUCGCCGACGACUGCGCCCUGAACACCACCUCGGAAGAGGAGAUGCAACGAAGCAUGGACCUAUUCUCCGCCGCCUGCGGGAACUUCGGUCUGGUCAUAAACAUGCAAAAGACGGUGGUAAUGCACCAAACGCCAUCCAACUUAGCCACAGCCCGCAAUGCGCCGCAAAUCAACGUGAACGGAGUCCAGCUGCAAGUGGUGGAGAACUUCCCGUACCUUGGAAGUACUCUCUCCUGCAACACCACGAUCGAUGACGAAGUCGCCAACAGGAUCUCAAAGCCAGACCAGCCAUCGGUCGUCUGCAAAGCACAGUCUGGAAACGUCACGGUCACCAACUGA